AUCGCCAUAAUCGCCAUUUUGACUGGUUGCAGGUCGAUCAAGUCGAUCGCCGUUCCGAAAGCGGACUGAAUUAGUGUGUGUGCGUGUGUGUGAAUCGGUGAGAACGGAGAAAAGACAAACAAGGUCGUGAUGUCGAUCGAAUAUUUACAAGUGGCGGAGGACGAGGGCGAGGAGCCGAUAGAGUUGCCCACCGAGGAUGACGGCACUCUGUUGUUGAGCACGUUAUCCGCUCAAUUUCCCGGCUCGUCCGGCCUAAAGUACAGAAAUCCCGAAAACAGGAUCGUCCGGGGAGUGAGACUGAGCGAGGGGCGGCUGCAUCCGCCGUCGAGUGGCGGAUGGGGCUCGCAGAUUUUCUACUGCGUCUUUCCCAAGGAGAAUAAAAGAAAGUCGGACGACAAUUUGGAAAACUCCACGGCCAAAACGAAACGAAUGGAAACGAAGCUGCGCUGCACCGACCUGAUUGUCCUGGGGCUGCCGUGGAAGACCACCGAACAGAACCUGCGCGAGUACUUCGAGACGUUCGGCGAGGUGCUGAUGGCGCAGGUGAAGAAGGAUCCGAAAACGGGCCAGUCGAAGGGCUUCGGCUUCAUCCGCUUCGCCUCUUACGAAUCUCAGAUGCGCGUGUUGGCCCAACGACACAUGAUCGACGGACGGUGGUGCGACGUCAAGGUCCCAAAUUCGAAGGAGGGACUGAUCCAGCAAGUGCCCUGCAAAGUGUUCAUAGGCCGAUGCACCGAGGACCUGACGGCCGACGAUCUCAGAGACUAUUUCGGCAAGUUCGGCGAGGUGACGGACGUCUUCAUACCGAAGCCGUUCCGCGCCUUCAGCUUCGUCACUUUCCUGGACCCCGAGGUCGCGCAGUCGCUCUGCGGCGAGGAUCACAUCAUCAAGGGCGUGUCGGUGCACGUGUCGAACGCCGCCCCGAAAUCGGAGACUCGAGGUGGAGGAGGCGGCGGCGGCGGCUACGGAUCGCGCGGUGACCCUCGCGGAGGCGGCGGCGGCGGCGGUGGCGGCGCCCACGGUCCCAAUAGGGGAGGCGGCGGCGGUGGCGGGGUGGGUCCCGGCGGACCGGAAGCGCCCGGCAUGUAUCAGCAGCGGUACGGAGGACCGGGAGGACCUAAUCAGGGCACGUGGGGCAACCAUCAGGGCGGUCCCAGAGGCAGUUUGGACAUGCCCAAUUUACAAGCAUUAGGAAUUACGGGACAAGGCCAACAGGCAAGCAAUCAACAGAACUGCAAUCCGCUGGGACUGGGACUGAAUCUGGGCACGUUACCGAUGAAUCCCGCGUUGGUGGCGGCCGCGCUCAAUCAGGCCAGCUGGGGACUGAUCGGCAAUCUCCAGAACCAACCUGAGCCCAAUUUCAAUCAGGGUUUCAACAACGGACCCAACAACAACAGUGGUAAUAUUGGCAACAAUCAGAACGGAGGGAACCAAGGCGGCGGAAAUAAUCCGGGCUUCCUCAGUUGGAUGAGUCAGGGCGGCGGCCAGAGUCAGGACGGCGGACAGUGGCCGCGACCGCCGCCCCAGCAGGCGCAGGACAAGGGAUUCCUCAAGUAUCAAUUCGCGGGACCGUGGAGGAGCAAGUCGGCCCUUUACGCGAGCUGACCGACGAAAGGCAGAUCGUCCUCGUUCUCGUCUUGUUCAUCGACUCGCAAGAACGACAAAAAUGCAACCCGACUGUGAUACUUUAUAUUAUAUUUAUUUUAAUUUUAUUUAACGAUGUGAUCUAAGAUUAAGUGUAAAUAAAAUUGUUUAUCGAUGUAUUUUACAUAUA